GAGUGCUCUGUUCUGUACUGAAUUUGAUCAUUCCAGUACGUAAUUGAAGUUUAAUUAUUUGACAAUGCAGGACAAUUUGAUGGCUUGUUCACUGUUGAGAUCCAUCAUAAUGGUUUUUUUUGUGGAACUUGAAGCAACAUGACAUACAUGGAUUAUAUGGUUGGCUGGUUUGACAAUUGUCAGAGUGACACUUGGUCAAUGCUGUGGAUAAAUGAUUUUCUUGUGCAACUAGGAUAUGACAAUGAAGUGUCCAAGACUGAUGUGUAUUGGUGUCAACCAGGAAAAUCAUUUGGUGAGGGCCUGAAGCUUAUGACAUGCGAUGCAGACAUUGUUCUUAUGAUUGUUGCAACAAUUGAGCACAAUAACCUGGUACUGGUUGUAGACCAUGGUGACACACCUCAGUCAGUAACCACAGAUGAUGUGCUGAUACAUGGAGUGCCUGAUUUGCCAAAGGUUAUAAGUCCAACAAAACUAAGGCAUGGUAAAGAAAACAUCAGCUAUUCAGAGAAACAACCCAGUACAACAGAGAAGCUUUCAAGCCCAGUAAAGAGGUUUAUGCCAUUUGGAGAAGGAUCUAGUUCUGGUAUUGCAGUUGAAGAAGAGGAGGAAGAGUUUGACAUUAGUGACAAUGGUGAAAGUAGUGGUUCAGAGGGAAAUGGAGAGGAUGUAGAGGCCGAGACAGAUGAGGAUUUCUAUGAGAGUGAUUAUGAAAUAGCAGCAGGUGAUGAUGAUCUUUUUGAUGCCAAUGUGGACAAAGAUGUUGAUGAUCACAGAGAGAAAGAAAAUGUGCAGGACUUUGAAGGAGAACUUCCAGAAGAUGCAUUAGAGGAUAGUCAUUUGAACUUGUCAAAAGAAGAGAAAGAGAAGCUGAAGCACAAAUUCAGCACUUUCAACCCAAGCACUGAUCUUAAUGCGCCUGUUUUCAAGCUUGGGAUGGUCUUUGGAGAUAUGAAAGAGUUGAGGCAUGCUCUCGUUGCAUAUAGUGUCAGAAAUAGAGUGAAGGUGAACAAGCGUAGGAAUACUUCAAAGUUGUUAGAGGCUGUAUGCAAGCCAGGUUGUACUUGGUACUUGAAGGCAGGACAUGAUAACAGGUCAAGUAGCAUUCAAAUAAAAAAGUACACUGACAAGCAUACAUGCACCAAAGCUUGGGACCUGAGAGUUCUUACUGCACCUUUUCUUACUCACAAGUUCAGGAAUGAAUUCAGAGACAAUGAGAAAAUGCCUCUCAGGAAAUUUUCAGAGAAAGUUGAGCAAGAAUUCAACUUGGUUGCAAAGAGGACCAAGUUGGGAAGGGCAAGAAGGGCAGCAGUCAAGCAGAUUAGGGGAGAAGAUGAUGAUCAGUACAAAACCCUAUGGGACUAUGGGCAGGAGCUUAGAAGAAGCAAUCCAGGAAGUCAGUUCUUCUUGUGCACAAAGGAGGUGUUUGACAACAAGGCCAAGAUGACAAAGGACCACUUCUCAACAUUAUAUUGGUCUUAUGAUGCAUGUAAGAGGGGGUUUCUUAAGGCUUGUAGGCCAAUCAUUUUCCUUGAUAGGUGCCACAUUAAAACAAGAUAUAAGGGGAAUUUGCUGACAGUAGUAGGAAUUGACCCAAAUGAUUGCAUAUUUCCUAUUGCAUUUGGCCUAUGUGAAGUGGAGUCAACACACAUCUGGGAGUGGUUCUUAACUUCAUUGAAGGAUGAUCUCAACAUAAGCAACAAUACACCAUAUACACUUAUGAGUGACAAGCAGAAGGGUUUAAUAAAUGCAGUUCAGAAAGUUUUUCCUUAUUCAGAACACAGAAAUUGUGUUAGGCAUAUUUACCAAAAUUUUCACAAAGUCCACAAGGGUGAGCAGCUGAAAAAUGACUUGUGGGCUAUAGCUAGAUCCCCAAAUGAGAUGGCCUACACGAGAAGCAUGAAUCAGAUCAAAGAGCACAGCCUUGAUGCUUACAAGUGGGUUGAGAAGUUAGCUCCGAAAACAUGGAUCAAAGCUUUCUUCGACCCAUUUUGCAAGUGUGACAUAUUAUUAAACAACAUGUCUGAAGUCUUCAACAGUUAUAUAUUGGAUGGAAGAGAGCUACCGAUUAAGUCAAUGCUGGAUUAUAUUUUUACGAAGCUCACAAAUAGGAUAGUUGGUAAGCAAAGGGAGUCAGAAAAGUGGACAGGAAGACUAUGCCCCAAGAUUCAGAAGAAACUCGACAAAUACAUUGAGUGGGCAAAGAAUUGCAGGGUGCAAGAGUACGGUAGAGGUGUGUUCAAAGUUCUCUCUCUACAAACCUCAUACAUAGUGGACUUAAAUAUGCUAAGCUGUGACUGCAAAAGGUGGGUACUGUCUAGCAUCCCUUGUCAUCAUGCAAUAGAAACUUUCAGGCAUGAGAGGAUUGAACCAGAGAGCAUGGUUCACUCCUGCUAUACAGUGGAGGAGUACAAAAAGUGUUAUGGAUAUAACAUGAUGCCGAUGAGGGAUACAAAGCUAUGGGGGAAAAUGAACGGGAUUGAUGUGUAUCCACCAUUGUACACAAAAUUUAUGGGCGGGCCAAAGAAAAACAGGAAGAAAGAUCCAGAAGAGAAGAGUGACAAAAAUGGAGUAAAGAAGGUGACCAAGCAUGGUGUGACCAUGCAUUGUUCAAUAUGUGGAGCAGCUGAUCAUAACAAAAAGGGACACCAUAAUCAUGUUGAUAAGACUCCAAAUGAAGAAGCUGCUAGGGAAUCUGAAGAAGAGUAUGAUGAUCCAUCAAUACUUGCUAACAUAAUGCCACACAGGGUAUACCCACAGCUGGAUCCAACACAAACACCUGACUGUAUGGUAUACAAGAUGCAGGAACAGGCAAUGAUGAUUUCACUAAUUAACUUGUACACACUCAUAAAUCACUAGUAU